AUGUUCGCUCAAGUCAAGCAGGAGCCAGACGCCCCGACGCCUUACAUCAAACCGGACCCUGACAACAAAGACGCGGUUCUCGAGGAUAUCGACGAAGACAUUUUUGACGAUGAUGGGGAUUUGGACUUUACGAACGCCGCACAGAACGUGUGGCUGUCACGUAUUCCCCGCACACUCUGGGAACAUUGGGCGAGCCUCGACGACGAUGAAGAGAUUCAGAUUGGAACAAUGAGAAUAGAGGGGAAACCGAACGAUAUCAAACGGGUCAGCUUGCGUAUCAACGAACGAGAAGAUAACCACGAUAUUCCUAAGGACUACAUUCUGCAGCGCCAGACCAUCGAUACUGGAACUAUAACAUCACAUGCAACACAAAACACAUAUUUAUUCACAGAGAAGGAUCUGCCCGGUCAUGAGAACCGCAUGGUGGUUUUUGGCGAAGCCCGGUCAGCGCUGUACGAAGCUAUGAAGCGCGAUGCGAGGAAAAAAGAGCGCAAGAAGAAAUGGGAGCCCUACGUUAGAAAGACAAUACCGAAACAAACCGCUCUCGUGGGCGGUGUCAAUGAGGAGUUCAACUGCCUUCCAGUCGAAAACGAGGAAUUCCGACUGCUAUCGGAAAAGAAGGCCCUCGAGGCUCUCAAACCGAAACGCGAGACUGUCUUCAUUGACAAGGUGCCAGGCAAGCUUCUCCGUGCGAGAAAUGCGCUGCCGGGAGACAAGGGUGCCUUCGUGCAAGCUGCGAAAACAGCCAAGGCGAAAACGCAAGAAAACAAGACCACCCGUAUGCCCCAGAACGAGCUUUUGGAUCUUAUCUACCAGUGCUUCCGCGAAUACAAGUAUUGGCCAUUUAAGACCCUCAAGGCGCGACUUCAACAGCCAGAGGCGUAUCUCAAGCAGACUCUGGAGAUGGUUGCGCACCUGGUCAAGUCCGGCGAUUUUGCCAUGACCUGGGAACUGAAACCCGAGGCGGUGGAAAGCACCUACGCGAAUGCGAUGUCCUACGGCAAUGCGAAAGAGGAGCUUCCUCCCGGGACUGAUUACAACUUUGACGAGGGCUCCGAAGAAGAUGCCAAUGCUUCCGGCAUGGUUACAGAUAACGAUGAGAUGCAAUUUGAAACUGUUGUCUAG